AUGGAUGAAGACGAAGCCGUUUUGGCUUUGCCAAAAAAUUGUCUGGACUCUCAUGCCGAGACCAAACGGACUCUUCAGAACUUUUAUCAGAAUUUGGUAAAGCUGGAGAUAACGAAUCCUGGAAAGUUUCAUAAGGGAUCUUACCUUGGAAUCAAACGUUCGAAGGAUGAGACCGUUCAGAAAGAAAUUAGUGAAGCUUCAUGUAUCGAAACCCUUGGUGAAGACGGGAUUUUUGAUGAUGGAAUCCCUUUUUACCAUUAUAAACGGUCGGCUCUGACUGACGAACAGAAACAGCGGCUGGUUAACAAUGGUAAGUGAAUUCUUAUUGUUGAUUUUGUGUUUAGGAGGUGCUAGAGAUUCAGAUGAGUAAUAUAAGUUUAAAUGUGGGGUUGAGGACAUUGCUUUUAAAGUGUUAGAGCUAGUUUUUGUAUGUUAUAGUAGGUAACGGAGUAGAGGAAACGUUUUUUAUUUUACUGGUUUUUCUAGCUCGAUAUAAGAACUGAAUUUACAUUUAUAAACUAGUAUAGAUGUUGCUUUAACUUAUUUAUUAACUAACGCCGAAAAAGAAUCUUACGUUUCAGUCUUUGUAAACUUUUAUGUUAUCCAUCCACUUCCAGGUGUGGCUAUCAAACGAAAUCAAUUCGAUAGUGCGGAAGAUCGGCAGAUCAGGAGAAAUUGGAAGAGUUAUUGUAAACUUACGGGUGCCUUCCAUCCUAGUGAAGCUUCUGAUAUAUUUUGUGAAGGCCAGAAACGUGGGCAGCGUGUCUCAAAGGAUCCCUACUUCUACGCCUAUAUGUGCCGAGGUCUAGCCGAUAGAACAUGUGCACAGAUGGUUAGGAGGGCUUAUAUAUUGUUCAACAAAGCUCAAGACAAGGGCGAUGGUCGAACAUGGACUGCAAUGGAUGAUAUUAAGUUACAAGGUGGGUAAACCUUUAAAUUUUGAAGAUAGGGGUUAUUUCUAGGUAUACUUGCACGUAUAGUAUUCAACUUUUGUUUUUAGAACCAAAAAUAAAACGUAUGCGUUGACAAAAACUUUAAGAGGUUUAUAAAUUAUAAUCUAUGACAGUUUGAAAUUUGAAGUCAAUCGGACGAUUAACUUUUAUGUUAUGAUCAAUUAUUGUAGCACCUACUACAAUAUUAAAAAGGAUUACAUUUUGCUUAUGUUUUAACAUUUUCAAAAGCUAUACAAUGGUAUAAUUUACAGACUUGGCUAAGAAACACAAUCAGCAAUGGGAAACUAUUGGCAGGAAGAUGGGCCGCACCAGGUUCACAUGUUAUCAUAGGUAUAAGAAGCUUCAGGAAAAAGAUCAGGUUAAUGAAGACUCAUUGGCAGUCAAAGCUCUCUAUUGUAAGUUAAAUAACGUUUUCUUACUGUUUCUCUUCAUUUGUUAUGUCAUUUGGUCCUGUUUCGGCUACUUUUCAAAAUUCAAAGUUUUCGUGGUGAGAUCCGGUUUUUACUCUUAUUUUUUAUAAAUUGUAUGACUUUUAAUAUAAACAUGACUAAAACUAUGAUUUGUAGUACAAUUGACCAAGUUUUUCGGAUACGAUGCACUGUCAGUGGCGCUGAAAGAAAAGCCGGUGAUAAAGUCGUAUGAAGAGAAAGUCAAUUGGAGCGAAUUAGCCAAGAAAUGCGAAUGGACAGAAGACAAGGCUCGUGAAUACUGGUAAGAAUAAGAUUUUGAUUACUAUUUUGUACUUUUUAUGAAUAUAUUUGGUUUUGGGGGCAAAUUGAGGAGAUACUGAGUUAUGCCAAAUUUGGCGGGAUUUCGAAAAUUUAAAUGUUUUGAUGGUUAUAGGAUGUUUGAUGUCAAUAUUUUAUGAAGUUUGGCUUGUAGUAUGUCAAAGAAAUGAUUUUAGGUAGUUUUUAAGCCUUGUUGCAUUAUGCCAAGUUUGGCGGAAUUUUGAAAAUUUGAAUUUUUUUGUUAUAUUUUGUUUAUUGACAUUGGAAAUGAUAUUUUUAAAAUAAAUUUCAAAAAAAAAUGUUACAGGCAUACCUUAAAAAGGGCAAUUCGACAAUGUUCGGAAGAAACAGCGUCCACAGAUCCAAUGAUUAUCAAAAAAGCCCUACCUGAAGAUUUACACGCGGCCGUACUGAUCAACUUGACCCCACGGGCCAAGUAUUGUCGUUCGACCGAUGAGUUGGCUAAUGCUUUGAAGAUAUUGCUAAAAACUGAAGAAGAAGCGUUGAAGGAGAAGCUGAAAGUUGUUGGAAUGAAGGAUUGGUAAGUUGAUUGCCGCAUACGAUGUCUUUAACCUCGAAAAAUCAAAAUUUUAGGCUUAAAGCUAAAAUUUUAGGCUUAAAAAUUAAAUUUUCAAGCCUAAAAAACAUUGACUAAAAGUUGUAUUUAAGGCUUAAACUUAGGUUUACGAAGAGCGAAGCGUUGUCAGAAUACGAUGGGACCAAAAGGAAGUUAAUGUGUCGUCAAUUGUAUGGUAUUUUGAAUCAAUGCGAGACCUAUGGAUUGUUUGAAUGUCUUCCUGUGGAGCAUUAUAAUGCUUUUAGUAGGUUUUUGUAAAUUUUUAAAUUGACAAGACUUGAAAGGUUGAUUAUAUGCCAUUUUUAAAGUGAUAACGCUUGCCAAUUUGAUUUUAUGCCAUUUCCAAUUGGCAAAACCUCAAGAAUUAAUUUUAUGCCACUUUUAAAUCGAAAAAAUUCGAAAACUCAAUUUUAUGACAUUUUUAAAUGAAACAGUAUGCUUAUUUUAUAACAAACUUCCAUUUCAGCCCAACUCGAUUCGCUUCACUUUAUGCUCACGAACAAGAAGAGCGAUACCCUAUGUUCCGUCAACACCAUAAGUCAACUUUUUCUGAAGUACAUUGAGGAGAAGAGAUGGACCCCAAGGACCAGAGUAUUUUUGUGCCACAAGUUAGACAAAGGGUCCGACGAUGUUGAAGAAUCAGAACCCGAUGGUGUUGAAGCUACAGAAUCCAACAAUGUUAAAGCAUCCGAAUCUCACGGUGGAGAAGCUGAAGAAGAAGAUUCAGAAGCUAAUGACCUAGAAGCUUCUGACAAGACGAAGAAACAAAAGCAUCAAAAGUCACACGGUAAAGAAGCGCCAGAAGGCAAAGAAGAAGAAGUUUCAGAAUCAAAAGAUGUAGCAGCUUCAGAAGCCAACGAAGAAGCAGUUACUGAGAAGACGAAGAAGCAGAAGCGUCGUAAGUCUCAGGGCGAAGAAGCUUCGGAAUCUCAAGAUGCAGAAGUAAGCGAACCUCAAAAUGUAGAAGCUUUGGACUCUCACAGUGUAGAAGCUUCUGAGAAAAGGAAGAAGCGGAAGUCUCGGAAAUCUCACGGCGAAGAGGCUUCAGAAGUCAACGACGCCGAUGUUUUAGAAGAAGUUCCAGAGAAAACGAAGAAGCGAAAACGUAAAUCUCACGGUGAAGAAGCUCCAGAAGGCAACGAAGAAGAAGCUUCACAAUUGAAUGGCGGCGGGGAUGCUCCUGAAAAGAAAAAGAAGCAAAAGCGUCGUAAAUCUCACGGUGCAGAAGAAGCUUUGGAAGUGAACGAACAAGAAGCUCCUGAGAAUAAGAAGAAGAAAAAGCGUCGUCAACCGCAAAAUUCACAGUAG